AUGUCAACUUCAGGAGCACCUAAACCUUCCAACGCUGCCAUCACUGCUGCAGCACACGGGGUGAGCAGCAUCAUCACAUGGGUUAUUCAAAAGAAAACGCCCACCAGCACUAUUGGAUUGACUUUUAGAUCAAGAAAUAAACGUGUGGUCAUUGAUAAAGUCCGAGGAAGAGCUUCCCGAAAGACUGAUCUUGUGCCAGGUCUCAGAGUGCUAAAGGUGUGCGGACACGAUGUCACAAGUGCUUCCGAAUGCGUCAAAUACAUACACGCUGCACCAACUGGAGGUAUUUUCAUUGUCACGGAAGGAAAGCACCGUGCCGCUACUAAAAAGAGCAAGAAAGAAAAGGCUGGUAUUUCCAUUCAAAAGUGGCCCAAUCAAAACUACGUUCAGAUUGCUCGUGUGAACCCCGUUGGAAUGUUCCGAGACUUGCAAGUUGGACAAGUUCUCUUCAUUAUCAAUGGAAAUAAGAUCAAUAAUGUCAUGCAAGCGCUUCGGUUGUUGCGAAAAAAGAGAAAGUUGCGAAUCGUCACGGUGGACGUCAGAACCGCUGUUGAUCCCUUUGACCUGAUUGGGGAAAAUGAUAGUGGAAAGGAUACUGAAGAUACAGAACUAGGUGCCACCGAGGAUGACGACGCUAAGGAUGACGAUGACAGCGAGGAGGAGAGAGCAGCUGUUGAUGCCAUUGAUGACGAUGAUGAUUCCGCAAAGUUCUCCAACUCGGAUGCUGGGUCCACCAUGUCUUCGUCCAACUGGGAUGGACAAUCGACUGGUGGGUCCACUGCAGCAUCUCAAUGGUCUUCUGUAUACGGAGAAGAGAAAGGGAAUCCAGAGGAAGAGGAAGAUGGUAUGCUUCCAACCGGAUUCAUGGAUGACAUGGCAAACGCUCUCAUGCCAGGAGAAAUCCAAAUGGUCACCACCAAGGUGAUCGCCUCGGUUAUCAAACCAGCAAAGGACGUCAAGUUUGGAAUCAAGUUCUCACUGAAAUUUGACCAGCACUAUGUUGAAAAGAUUGACAAGGACGGUCUUUUCGCACAUUGUAAUGAACUAUCCAUCGGUCAAAGAUUGGUUGGAGUCAAGGGUACAAACAUCCGAUCUGCAUCAGUGGAAGAUGCUCUCCGAGAAGCCAAGAUUACAACUGGACGCAUCACCCUGGAGACAACCGACGGUGACUUUGGUGAUACUGAUGAAGUAGCCAACAACUUGAAAGAAAGGCUCAUAAUUCACUUUGAGAAGCCCAGGGAAAAGGGACGACUUGGAGUUGGCUUCCAAAAGAAGCCAGACCAUGAAGGUAUUGGAAUUGUCGGUAUUUCCAAGGAGGGUUUCUUGGCCGAACUGAACAUUCUAGCUGUUGGCGACCAAGUUAUUGGUAUCAACGGCCAACCAUGCCCCGGAAGCACGGAAGAGCUCGUUUCACAAAUAGUUGCCGCGGAAGGCAUGUUCUCGUUGGAAUUGAGCCCCGUCAGAAGAGACGUCGAUUUCAAGGUCAAGAAACAAGAAAGAGAGCUCAAAGAUCUCAAAAGAAAGGAGAUCGAAGUCCUUGAUCCAGAGCUUGGACCAGUUGUUAUCGCUGCUGUUGAGAAGCCUGCCAGGGAUUGCAAGGUUGGUAUUUCUCUGCGCAAGUCCUUGAAGAUUGAUUCGAUUUUGAUUGCUGCCAUUGCAGACGAUGGUCUUUUGAAGGACAGUAACUUGCGAGUUGGCCAAAAGAUUGUCUCCAUCAACAACACUCCAUGUCCCACCAACACUAUCAGCGCCAUCAAGCUCAUCAAGGGAACUCCCCCUGGCCCACUUCGACUCGAGGCCUGCGAGGUGGACUGGAGUGCUACUCUUGCCAAGAACAACCCCAAUCCAGAGGGUGAACCAGCUGCCGCCGCUCCAGCUGCACCAGCAGCAGCUCCCGCAGCAGAAGCUGCGAAACCAGAAGAACCUGCCAAGCCAGCAGAAGAACCCAAGGACGAGAUGCAAGAUAUGCUUGACGACUUUGAAGCACAGCUUCAAAACGCAUACAAUGAUCUCAACUUGGACUAUGACUCCGCUGACAGUUCUGCUGUUGGGGACGAUCAAUCGUUUGCGACUGGCUUUGCUAGCACGUAUAUUGAACAUGGGAAAUAG